UCCGUUGAUGGGCAGCAACAGGUGUGCUCAACCACCGACUUUUCCCGAAAAAUAUUCCCAAACUAUCGAUUUUUGGAGUUUAAAUUCGUUUUUAUAAUUCGAUAAAAUACUCCGGACUAAAUGGCGGAAGCCAUAAAUCGUGAUGACCAAGAGUUGUCUGAAGACAGCGACGCAUCCUCAGUGGGGUUCUUCCCUCCGACCAACAUGGAACGGUUCAGGAAGCGACAGUCCGUUCAGUUGGCCCUGGUAAAACUGAUGGACGACACAGGGUAUGACCUCAUCCAAACAAAUGGACGGAGGAAAUUUGGUGGACCGCCACCGAACUGGGACGGUCCGAUGCCACGGAUCGACUGUGAGGUCUUCGUCGGCAAAAUCCCGACAGACAUGUACGAGGACGAGCUCGUCCCUCUCUUCAAGACCGCUGGCACCAUUUACGAGAUGAGGUUAAUGAUGGAGUUCAGCGGGCUGAACCGCGGCUACGCCUUUCUGUUAUACACCGAUCGGGAGGCGGCGCGACAAGCAAUUAAGAAGUUCAAUAAUCGCGAAGUUCGCCAAGGGCAAUUCAUCAGCGUUUGCCCCUCUUUAGAUAAAUGCAGCCUCUUCCUUGGCUGCAUUCCCCAAAACAAGCGCAAGGAGGAGAUCAUGGAGGCGGCUAAAAAGGUACGCAACCUCUCAUCGAGCACCUCAGCGGCAACACUGCAGCGCGAGUUUGAGCGCUUCCAACCAGGCGCAGUGGCGCGAAUGAAGAAGUUCACCCGCCACGCCUUCAUUCACUUUGGCUGCCACAAGGAUGCCGUCGUUGCCGCCGGGGUGAUGAACGGCGCCAUCAUCGACGGGAAGGUCGUGAUAGUGACCCUGGAUUACUUGGGAUGGGAAGUGGUGUUGAGGACAUCCAGCAAGAAAGUCCGGCAGCAAAGGCAGCCACAAGGAGGUGGAGCCAGUGGGGUAAUCAACCUGCAAAAUGGUGGCACUGAUGAGAGCCAUGCUGUGGAAUCCACGAACCCUCGUGUGCAGUGGAGCCCUUGGACUCCUGGACCAUCAUUUCGAGCUGCCCAGGGUGUGUUCCCGCUCAAUCCUGGCUCUCAGCUGUACCCCACCGACUUGCAGCUGCUCCAACCUGGUCAGUUCGGCUCCGCCGUGAGUCUGCUGGAGUUGUAUUGCUGCGUGAACAAGCUGCCGCCCCCGCGUUACGAGCUCUUCUCUGUGCUGGAUCCAGAUGGGGGCUUCCUGGUGGUCUACAAGGUGGUGAUGCUGCUGACACAAGAAGUCUUCAUACCAGACACGGCGUGUGUGCAGGUGGAUGUCGCUAAAGAGCUAGCUGCAGAUUACGCACUGUGGAAUCUUGGUAACGCACGCACAGAUAGAUUGCUUCCCUUAAGCGAUAAUCGGGCAGUUUCACCAUCUUUUCCCCCAACAGAGCCCCGAUCAUUGGAUAUCUUUGAAACAGUUUUUCCCCAAGCAAGGGAACAUAGUUUGAAUCACAAUAAUCAAAUGUAACCAAAAAUAUACAUAAACUGAAAUCAUUAUAGUUUGGUCUCAAUUUACCUAUUUAGUGAUUUUUUUUCAGUCCUCUCAAUUGUCCUACUUCUUCUUCGCUAAUCUCUUUCUUCGAAUGACUUCCUGUAUUUUGGGGUUCCACCACCAAGUCUCCUUCUCCCCUUUCCUACCAGAAGACACAACAAGUCUCUCUCCUCCCUGUCUCUCUGAUCACCUUGGCUGUAGUAGUCCAGUCUUCCGGAAGCUCCUCCUGUUCAUUGAGAGCCUGUCUCACCUCUUUCUGAAAGACCGCACAACAUUCUUCCUUUCUCAACUUCCACCACCUGAUUCUCUGAUCUACCUUUAUCUUCUUAAUCUUUCUCCUCGCCUCCCCUACAACUACCUAACAGUCAGUAACCUUCAGAUUACAGUGAAGAAAAUAAGUAUUUGAACACCCUGCUAUAUUGAAAGUUCUUCCACUCAGAAAUCGUGGAGGGGUCUGAAAUUUUCAUCGUCCACUGUGAGAUAAUCUCAAAAGAAAAAUACAGAAAUCACAAUGUAUGAUUUUUUUAACGAUUUCUUUGUGUGAUACACCUGAAAAUAAGUAUUUCAACACCUGUCUAUCAGCUAGAAUUCUGACCCUGUUAGUCCGCUUUUAAAAGUCCACCUCCAGUCCAUGUAUUAUCCUGAAUCAGAUGGACCUGUGUGAGGUCGUUAGCUAAAUAAAGACACCUGUCCACCCCAUACAAUCAGUAAGACUCAAACUUGUAACAUGGCCAAGAUCAAAGAGCUGUCCAAAGACACCAGAGAGAAAAUUGUACAAGUCCACACGGCUGGAAAGAUCCACUGUUGGAGCAAUCAUUAGAAAAUGGAAGAAGCUAAACAUGGCGGUCAAUCUCAAUCGGAGUGGAGCCCCAUGCAAGAUUUCACCUCGUAGGGUCUCAAUGAUCCUUAGAAAGUUGAGGAAUCAGCCCAGGACCACACGACAGGACUUGGUCAAUGACCUGAAAAGAGCUGAGACAACCAUUUCCAAGGUGAUUGUUGGUAAUACACUAAGACGUCAAGGUUUGAAAUCAUGCAUGGCACGGAAGGUUCCCUUGCGAAAACCAGCACACGUCAAGGCCCGUCUUAAGUUUGCCAAUGACCAUUUGGAUGAUACAGAGGAGUCACGGGAGAAUGUUUUGUGGUCAGAUGAGACCAAAAUUGAAAUUUUUGGUCACAAUUCCACUAAGAAAAAUGAUGAGUUCCAUCCCAAGAACACCAUCCCUACUGUGAAGCAUGGGGGUGAUGGGAUUAUGCUUUGGGGGAGUUUUUCUACACAUGGGACAGGAUGACUACACUGUAUUAAGGUGAGGAUGACCGUGGCCAUGUAUUUUGAGAUUUUGGGGAACAACCUCUUUCCCUGAGUCAGAGCAGUGAAGAUGGGUCGUGUCUGGGUCUUUUAACAUCACAAUGACCCGAAGCACCCAGCCAGGAUAACCAAGGAGUGGCCUCCGUAAGAAGCAGCAGGUUCUGGCAUGGGCUAGCUAGUUUUCAGACCUAAACCCAAUAGAAAAUCUUAUGAGGGAGCUGAAACUCCAUGUUUCUCAGCAACAGCCCAGAAACCUGUCUGAUCUCGAGAAGAUUUGUGUAGAGGAGUGGACCAAAAUCCCUCCUGCAGUGUGUGCAAACCUGGUGAACAACUACAGGAAACGUUUGACCUCUGUAAUUACAAACAAAUGCUACUUUACAAAAUAUUAAUAUUGUUUUUCUCAGGUGUUCAAAUAUUUAUUUCCAGCUGUAUCACACAAAGAAAUUGUGAAAAAAAAAUCUGACAUUGUGAUUUCUGGAUUUUUCUUUUUAGAUGAUCUCUCUCACAGUGGACAUGCACCUACCAUGAAAGUUUGAAACUCACACAGACCCCUUCAAUGAUGAUGUCAGUAAAAUCACAUUUCCUUCAUUCAUUCAUGCAUCGUGUCCUCCCAACUCACAGUGUCGCGGUCCUCCCCGACUGACUUGACCAGAAACCUGUCCCCUGUGUAGUCUGCUACCGCCAGUCCAGACCUGCUCUGCGCUUGUUUUCACACUCCGUAGGCGACAAUUCGAGUCUUGGUUGCCUUUUCGUUCGCACACGUUCAACCGAAGGUGGCCCAGUUGAAUCUCAGGAGUUCCGUUGAGUUGCGGUGCACUCAGGCUAUUUUUUCCAUUCUUAUUAUGUUGGGGUAAAUUUGCAUUAUUGUAUUGCACUGUUUUGUAAAUAAAUGUUUUCUAAAUCUGCAAAACCUUAUUUGACUUAAACUGCUGUUUUUCAUUUUUUUUGCUUAAUUUUCACCACCGAGACAGAAGACCUUCGCAUCUGUUCAUUCAAGGAAUGAGCUAAACCGGGGGGAAGGAAUCAAACUCAAUUUACCUCUGGGCCGCUGGAGCCAGAAUCCGGUUGCGGCAGGGCCGCAGAUCCACAUGCACAUCCGCACCCAUGCAAUUUCCAUCCAUCCAUUUUCUUAGCCGCUUAUCCUCACAAGGGUCAAGGGAAAUGCCGGAGCCUAUCCCAGCUGUCAACGGGCUGGAGGGGGGGGUACACCCCGAACUGGUUGCCAGCACAAUCGCAGGGCCAUCGAGACAGACGACAACUGCACUAACAAUCACACCUAGGGACAAUUUAGAGAGUCCAAUUAAUGGUGCAUGUUUUUUGGGAUGUGGGAGGAAAGCGGAGGGCCCGGAGGAAACCCACGCAGGAACGGGGAGAACAUGCAAACUCCACACAGGCGGGCACGGGAUUGAACCCCAGGACUUCAGAACUGUGAGGCCAACGCUUUACCAGCUGCGCCACCGUACCACCCCCACACAAGCGUGUUUGUCAAAAUAAAACAAUAACACGUCCAUACUGCAAAGCAUUCUUUUAUUGUGGAAGUCUGAUGUACUUUUCAGGUGUGCAACCUCUCCCUGAGCACCACAGCGGCAACCCUGCGGCGCGAGUUUGAGCGCUUCAAACCAGGCUCAGUGGUGCGAGUGAAGAAUUUCCCCCGCCACGCCUUCAUUCACUUUGGCUGCCACGAGGAUGCCGUCGUUGCCGCCAGGAUGAUGAACGGCGCCAUCGUCGACGGAAACCCCGUAGCAGUGACCCUGAAUAUCUACAGAUGGCAGCAAAGGAAGGUGGUCAACCCACGGCAUGGUGGCUCGGAUGAGAGCUGUACUGUGGAAUUCAUGAACCCUCACCUUACUGCGAUGAGCCACCCCGGCCGACAAGACGGCGGCCGGCUGCGGUGGCCCAUACUCGACACCGAGGUAACUUAUAAUGGCGCCGAGCCGGUCCUCUUUACAGCCUUGUUCAUAGCCGCCGCCGUCCGCGAUGAACAACACCUCCGAGCCGGGGCGGUUUACGGCGUUGUCGUCGCACGCGGCUGAGUGCGGCAUUGUCGGCAGCGUUGUUCAGACCGCGAUGGCUCAUCUCCGCCGCAGAAAUGGAUCGGAUGGGGAGGCGGUUUCACUGAGGGAAUGAAUUUUUUUUUUAUUUGAAAUAUGUAAAGAAUUUGGCAGUGGUAUGAGUUUUUUUUUUUUACAAAUUGGGAGAUCAGCAGUGAUUACAUGGUGUCUUAUUUCAAUUUUUUUCGAUAAAUAAGAGUUAUUUAAGUUCACCUGUCUUCUGUAGAAUUAGCAUUUUUACGUUUCACCACUAGAUGGGGGCCUUGGACCAUUUCAUUCACCUCCUGACCUUUAACCUUUAGGUUCUUUUGUAGCGCUUGGCAGGAAGGAAACCUCAGAAGUGAGCAGAAAAUAGAUUUUGAUUUGUGCUUGAUUUUUAUACCAAUUAAAAAAAAAAGCAAUACUUGCAAAGUUGAGAGAAACCCUCCCCCCUUGUGUUUCUAAGAAAGUGGGCAUGUUUGGAAGAUUAUGUCGACUGUAAAAUGAAAAGGAGCUGAGGGUUGUGAUGUCACGUGAUGACGCCAUCGGGGUGGAGCUUGAGUCACGUGACAGGAUUAUGGCGUAAGCGGGAGGGCAGAAGAGAAGUGCAGAGCUGACGGAAAUUCACG